AUGUUCCAGCCUCAACCGACCCCCUACCUGCCCUUCGCUACCACUUCGUAUGGGGUGAGGGAGGAGCUCUCCGAUUACAGCGGUUAUCCCCACCAGCAGCCGCCGCCGCCGCAACAGCUGGGCCUGCAUGGGCCUAACCACAGCGGCCAUAGCGCUGGGGCCCUGAUUGGCGGCGGCGCCAGUGGCACCAGUGCCCGCCACGGCGGCGGGGGCCGCCCACUAAUGGGAGGUCCCGCCAUCUUCCACCCAACAUCAACGUCGUCCUCCUCAGCUGCUGCUGCCGCCUUCGCCUCAUUGCCCCCGGGAGCAACAACAUCGUCAACGACAACAACAGUCGUCCGCGCAAACACACUCGCCUCCAUUCCUCCCCACUCUCACUACAGCCACAGCACACCACGAGGCCACGGCGCCUCUCUCCGGCGCCGCACGACCGCCCCUCAUCUUCACAUCCCCGCGUCAUCCAUCAAGAUGGAUCCCUCCGUCGCCGAGGACCUGGCCGCGCAGGAGGCGGCAGCACGAGACUAUCGGCCGAACUUGGAGGUGAGGAGCACUGCUGAUAUUUCUCAUCUGAUCUCUCUCACGCCCACUACUCUCUCCCCUCACCUCAUCUGCCGAUCUCACCGGCACUGCUGCCCUGCCACACAUGCUGUGCGACCAGUUCCAGCGUCUCGAAACACGUGCCCUCUCUAUCAUGGUUCGCUUACUGAUCUCCGUCUCCAGGGGCCGUUGGUGGGCGAGAAGACGCCGAGCCAUGCCAUUGCGGAGGAGUAUGCAAAGGCAGAUCCCAUCUAUGUCACAAAAACAGUUGCACUCCCACAGACGUACUCCCACUACCGUCCGAUCCAAGGAGAUGGCAACUGCGGCUGGAGAGCCAUCGGCUUCUCAUACUUCGAGAAGCUCAUCGAGGGGGGUAACCAGGCGCAGAUCAGCGCCGAGAUGGAACGCGUGGUGCAGUUGAAUGACUUCAUUCUCAACAUUGGAGGCUACAGCCCAUACGUCUACGAGGACAUGGUGGAGGAGACCCAGAUCCUUUACCAGGAGAUCUUGUCGGUGCUGCCCAAUGCCGACGCUGCCAUGGCGCUCUUGACUGCCAAGUUCAACAACCCCGACUCGGCCAACGCCAUCAUCUACCACCUCCGUCUUCUCGCUGCUUCCUGGCUCAAGGGCAAUGUCGACCAGUAUGAGCACUUCAUCCAGGGACACGGCAGCGUCCAGGCGUAUUGCAGCGAGUGGAUCGAGCCGCCAGAUCGCGAGAUCGACCACCUCUGCAUCGCACUUCUUUUCAACGUGCUCCUCAAGCCCGCCGGUAUGGUUUUGGAGGUGGCGUAUCUCGAUCGGUCCGAGGGACAGGAGGUCAACAAUUACCGCCUGCCAGAAGAGGCCCGAGGACAAGAUCUGGCCAAUCUGGGACCGGUUAUCUGCCUAUUGUACCGCCCUGACCACUAUGAUAUCCUGUACCGACCUCCGCCUGCGCCACUGAACAUUCAGGUGAACCGGGCCACGUCAUUUUCUCACGAACACCAGAUCACGAGCAACAUUUCUAGCCUGGGUUCUUUCGCAGCACUCGACAUAAGCCCCCUGGCAAUGAUCCCCGGCUUUGGUGACUCUGGCAUCUCGCCGUUGGCGGGGCCCGAUGCCUCCCCGCUUGCCGACCCGUAUGCUCCCAGCCCGCAGUCGCCUUGGAUGGCGCAGCCGUUCGGACCCUCAUUGUCGCAGCACCAGGCGGCGACUCCCUCGCCACCCCAGCCGGCCAUGGCCACUCCCGUCGGGCCGAUGAACCACCCGCUGCGGUUUAGCAAGUACAACUUCCCCGGCAUGGUGGAGAAUGCACCGGUGAGCGAGCAGACCUUCAGCACGGUCACCUUCAAGAACAGCCACUUCAACACCGCGCACUACAACAACCCUAAUUUCCAGCCCGAGGAGUACCGACCCGACGGCGAGGAGGCCACGGACCGUGAGAAGAUGUGUGGCAGAAAGAGGAGCAAGCAAGGAAGCCAUUCAAGUAGCGAAUGGUAG